AUUUUGAACAAUCCUCGAUAUAUAUAUAUAUAUAUAUGUUUGUAUAGAUGUAUAUAUAUACGUAGAAUUCGAUUUCCUUCGAUCGAAUUUGUUUCCGCCGGAGAAUUUUGAGUUUCCGGGCGAGAAAUUCGCGUGAGAGAUUCGAAUCGGAGUUUGUAGGUGUUAGGAUUUUUGAAAAUUUUCUUGUAAAUUUUCAGGUUAUCUUGUUCAUCAAGCUAUAAGGAUUGUUUUGUUUUUUCUGUCACCGCUUCAAUGGCGACGGAACAGCAAGCUUCUCGGUUCUGUUUGGCAUCGGUUCUUGAGGAUUUUCUUAAGCAGAGCAAUGUUCGACCCAGCAUUGGUGUCGAUUCGAGUUCCAGAAAAGUCGACGAAGCUUCCUUGCGAAGGUAUGAAGCAGCCAUGUGGUUAAGACGCACCAUUGGUGUUGUUGGAGGCAAAGACUUGCCUGCAGAGCCUUCGGAGGAAGAGUUCAGGAUUGGAUUAAGAAGUGGGAUCUUACUCUGCAAUGUCCUUAACAAAGUUCAACCCGGUGCUGUGCCAAAGGUAGUUGAAGCUCCAAAUGAUUCUCUUGUCAAUCAAGAUGGUGCAGCUCUAUCUGCAUUUCAGUACUUUGAGAAUCUACGAAACUUUCUUGUUGCAGUGGAGGAAAUUGGGCUUCCCACGUUUGAAGUCUCUGAUUUUGAGAAGGGAGGUAAAUCCACAAGAAUUGUGGAGUGUGUGUUGGCUCUAAAGUCAUAUUGCGAGUGGAAGCAUAGUGGUGGAAGUGGGUCAUGGAGAUACAUUGUGAACUUGAAACCAACCACAUUUGGAAUGGCAAAACAAAUUAAACGGAAACCCUCAGAAUCGCUCAUGAAUCCAUCCACAAGCGACCCUUCUGAUAUAAUGUCCAGUGAGCAGUCUGCAUGCUGUCAAUCUGAUUGUGAUUCCAAACAAAGAGAAACUUCCCAUUCCAUAGAUGCGAUUGUGCGCAUGGUUUUAUCAGAUAAGAAGCAAGAAGAAGUCCUAGCUAUUGUAGAAUCUAUGCUUAACAAAGUCAUGGUAGAGUUUGAAUGUAGACUGGCAACACAAAGCGAAUUGCAUCAAAUGAGUUCGGAGAACAAAAUAACUCUUGACUCUGGCGAUCUUGGGAGGCCUCUUUCAGGCUACGAGGAGGGACUAUGUGACAGCUUGGAUGGAGAAGAAGACGUGACAAACAUUGCAAACAACAACACAGAAGCUUCAUCAGAUAACAAUGUGCAAAACUGGCAUGGCAAUGGAAUUUCAAGGGAUCAUAUCGUGAAGCAACAGAUGAUAGUCGAGAGACAGCAGAUAUACAUUGAGGAACUUAAACAUGCUCUAAAGUCUACAAAAGCGGGUGUUAAGUUCUUGCAGAUCAAGUACUUUGAGGAGUUUAACAACUUAGGCAAGCAUUUGCAUGGUCUAGCUCAUGCAGCUACAGGAUACCAAAAAGUUCUUGAAGAAAACCGCAAACUCUACAAUCAAGUGCAAGACCUCAAAGGAAAUAUAAGGGUGUACUGCCGGGUGAGACCAUUGUUGCCUGAGCAAACAAGUGUGUUGACCACAGUGGAUCACAUAGAGGAUUCGACUAUUUCAAUUGCAACCCCUGCAACGUAUGGGAAAAAUGGACGGAAAUCAUUCACAUUUAACAAAGUUUUCAGUCCUUCAGCAACUCAGGGGGAUGUAUUUGCAGACACUCAACCUCUGAUCCGGUCCGUUCUUGAUGGUUAUAAUGUCUGCAUAUUUGCGUACGGUCAAACAGGAUCUGGAAAAACUUACACAAUGACUGGACCUAAGGUGCUCACGGAAGAGAGCUUAGGCGUAAACUACAGAGCACUGACUGACCUCUUUCUUCUGUCUAAUCAAAGAAAAGACACGUUUUCCUAUAACAUUUCAGUUCAGAUGCUCGAAAUCUACAACGAGCAAGUCCGAGAUCUCCUCACCACAGAUGGUCAAAACAAGCGGUUAGAGAUCCGAAACAGUUCUCCAGAUGGAAUCAAUGUGCCAGAUGCAACGAUUGUGCCUGUGUCCUCAACUUCUGAUGUCAUUUAUCUAAUGAAUCUCGGGCUAAAGAACCGUGCAGUAAGCUCCACGGCCAUGAAUGACCGCAGCAGUCGAUCUCACAGCUGUCUCACGGUACACGUCCAAGGAAAAGAUCUCACGUCCGGAACAAUUCUCCGUGGUUCUAUGCAUUUGGUUGAUCUUGCCGGAAGUGAAAGGGUCGACAAGUCUGAAGUCACUGGCGAUAGAUUAAAAGAGGCACAACACAUCAACAAGUCUCUCUCUGCUCUUGGAGACGUGAUUGCAUCGCUAGCUCAGAAGAACAACCAUGUCCCUUAUCGGAAUAGCAAGCUCACCCAAUUACUGCAGGACUCUCUAGGAGGACAAGCCAAGACACUAAUGUUUGUUCACAUCAGCCCCGAACUUGAAGCUCUUGCAGAAACAAUUAGUACUCUCAAAUUCGCAGAGAGGGUUGCCACAGUUGAGCUCGGUGCUGCUCGAGUCAACAAAGACAUUUCUGAGAUUAAAGAGCUCAAAGAACAGAUCUCAAGUCUCAAAGCUGCGCUAGCAAGGAAGGAAAGUGAAGCGGGUCAUACUCAACUUCCUAGACCCAUUUCCACUGACAAACUCAUAAGAAGAAAGUCCCUUGGGUUUAUUUCUCCAUUACCAAAAUCCCCAACCAUUAGGGAGUUCUCAAGCAAACGUAAGGUUCAGAUUGAUGAUCUCAACAGCAUUGAGGGACAAAGCGACUCUACAUCUUCAAGAAGACAGAGCCUUGAAACUCAAGAAUUAACGAGUUCGCCGUCGUGGGUGAGCCUAUCGUUGGAUGGCAAGGAUGACGAUAGAGAAUAUAUCUUGGGUGAAUGGAUUGACAAACAUGAAAACGGAAUCAUCCGCAAACCAGAAAACAGGAAGACGUACAAUCACAAUGGCCGUAAGGAAGAUCAAGGAUACGAAGUGAGGAAAAUCCGCUACGAAGAUUCAGUGGCUACGGAUGAGUCUGAGACGAGUGAUUGCUCGGAGAGUAGCUUGAUGUGGCAACUGAAUGUUCAAGUGAAUGUGCCACGAGUUCCGAAUGGUUCUAAUCCCUCAUUAUUGGCUUCUUCUUCCAAACCAAUGGAGAAACCUCAGACAAGAAUCGGUAGAGCUGCCGAGACACGGAGCAUGAUACCAUCUCUAAUUCCCGCGCCUACGCGGAGACUAUCUCUCGGGACUAUGACUUCACCGGCACAACCGCAAACAUCAUCAAGACAAAACACAGUUAUGAAGAAGAGACAAGGACAUCAACCCAAGUGAACAUAAACAGCAUAUAACAUACAUGCAAAUGUGGGUAUGAAACUAUAAUUUUUUUGUUUGUCUUUUGUUUGAUUAAUUUGGUUUUGGGUCCACUCAUCAUGGAUUCAUGGUCAAUAUAUGUGGCGUGGCACACGAGGUGAGGAACCCGGCUCGGUUCGAGGUUGAUAUAUAUCUCAAGUGGCAGAGAUUAGAAUGAAUAUGUAUCUCAUAACAGCCAUAAUUUGGGUUGGAAAUGUGACUUUAAUAUAUGGAAUGUGAAUAUGUAUUAUUCCAUUUCAAAGACUACGAGAACAAAUAUUAUUAAUUGUCACUCAUAGUACCAACAUUUUGUGGUCCCAUCAA